AUGCGAUAUCUCAGCAUUGCCGUAGCGGCCCUCGGGCUGCUGACGGUUGGCGAGGCCAAGAAGUGUAAACCGAGGCCGAGUACCACCUUGGCCAGCAACACUCCUACUUCCGCUGCCACGCCAACUAGCACACCCGGACCCGAUGCUCCAGACUAUUACAUCGACAACCCGAACUUCUCACUCGGCUUGGCGUACUACACUCCCAGUGGAAAUGUUAGUUGGGUUGGUGAUGAUGGCUAUGAUGGCGACGGUUCUUCCAAGGAUGGUACUGCCCAACUGACGACGAAUGGAAAUGACGAUGACAACACCGAUGCCUCACCUGUUCAGAAGCGUGAUCUUGCCGGCACCUCCAUUUCUGCUACUGUCAAGAACCUCGUUGCCAGCUCGCCUUACACCAUCUCAUUCCACUACCUUGUUCUUACUGCCAAGCCCGAUAAUAGCUGCCGCCUGAGGGCCUACUUUAAUGGAAACAACUUCGGGAAUACUGAUCGAUUCCCCCUCACUCAGAAGCCUAGCGCUAGUUGGAGCCUCUUGAGCGGUACAGUGAUUCCUAGCUCUACUACUGGUACUUUCACGAUCUCUCUCAGCUGCAACGCCCCUGGUUUCGCUGUCGCCUACAUUGAUAGCCUCCGCGUCGUCAAGGGCGCUGCCGUUGUGAGCUCUACCACCGCUCAGGCUUCUUCUUCCAGCUCGAGCGUUGUGGCCAGUUUGAGCACUCCCGUCUCUUCCAGCACAGGCGCUGCUGUCUCUUCCGCCACCCCAGUGUCUUCGCCCGCAAGCAGCAGCCAGGCCAGCUCCACCACUCCCGGUUCUGCUUCGAACACUCCUUCAUCAAGCAGCACUGGUAGCAGCGCCGACUCCACCACGCCUGCUGCUUCUCCAAGUUCGGCUGCACCCAGCAGCAGCACUCCUGAUGCCUCAAGCACUACCCCUGGCUCCUUGAGCUCGAGUGCUGCCAGCAGCAGCUCCCCUGUUUCUUCAGCCAACACUCCUUCAAGCACUCCCGCCGCCUCGAGCACCGAUGCUUCAAGCACACCGGUCUCUUCAAGCGCUGCCUCUCCUACCACGCCGGUCGAUUCAAGCACUGCUUCUAGCACUCCAGACGCUUCAAGCGCUGCUUCUUCUAACACACCGGUCGCUUCAAGCACUGCCUCAUCAAGUACUCCAUCAAGCAGCGUUGCCAGCACUCCUUCAAGUGCUCCAGGUUCUUCAAGCACUCCGGUCGCUUCGAGUGCUACCCCUUCAAGCACUUCGGCUUCUUCUACCACUCCUUCCAGUGCUUCCUCCAGUACUGCAGCCUCUUCAAGCACUCCGGUCGCUUCGAGUGCUACUCCUUCAAGCACCUCUGUCGCUUCCAGCACCACGCCUUCAAGUACCUCGGCCGCUUCUAGUACUACGCCCUCAAGCACUUCGGUUGCUUCCAGCACCACACCUUCAAGCACCUCGGUCGCUUCCAGUACCACCCCCUCCAGCACUCCUUCCAGCACUUCUUCAAGCGCUUCGUCAAGCUCUGCGUCUUCCACUACUCCUGUUUCGACAGCUAGCUCGACGUCUACCCCCAGCGCUACUCCUACCAGCUCAACCUUACCCUCCGCUACUGUUGAUAGCACGGUUCUCAUUCUUGCUAAGGACGCCGCUACUGCUAAACUGGCCAGCGAUGGUCUCAACGCCUACGGAAUUCCUUACCAGAGCUUCAUCGUUGCCCAAGCUGGCUCUACUCUCCCUGUGCUCAACUCCUCUCUUACAUCAGGCAACUAUGGAGGUAUCAUCGUUAUGAGCUCCGUCGCAUAUAACUAUGGCGGCACUACAGGCUGGCAAAGCGCUAUCACCACUGACCAAUGGACUGCUCUCAACAACUAUCAGCUCAGCUUCAAUGUCCGCAUGGUCCGUAUUGAUGAGUACCCCGGUGCCUCCUUUGGCACUACCCCAGGUGCUGACGGAGGCUGCUGCACGUCUCCCGUCACCCAAAAUAUCUCCUUCUCCGACACCAGCGACUUCCCCACUGCCCAGCUCAAGGCCAAUGUUAAAGUGGGAACUGACGGUCUUUACCACGUUCCUGCUACCAUUACCGAUAGUUCGACUACGAAGGCCGUCGCUGUGUUUACACCGGACAGUGGCAGCACGGUCGGUGGUGUCGCCGCCGUCAUCAACAACUUUAACGGCCGUGAGCAGUUUGUCUGGUUCAUCAGCUGGGCUACCGACUGGUCUCCGACAUCCAACUGGCUUCAACACGCACAUAUUCACUGGAUGACUCGUGGUGUCUUUGUUGGCAAGCGCAAGGUUCACUUGAGCGACCAGAUCGAUGAUAUGCAGCUGUCUACCGAGAUGUUUUAUCCUACGAAUAUCCCCGAGGUGAAGAUUGGAAUUACAGACCUGGAGGCUCAUGUUGACUGGCAAACGAGUAUCAACUCUCGACUACCUGCUGGUUCUGACUUCUGGCUCGAAAUCGGGCACAAUGGUAAUGGCGAUAUCAUCAACUCGACCUUGACAGACGAUGAUAUGAACACCAACAAGUGUAAUCCUCCUGACGCCGUUUACUGGGACCAAGUUGGAGCCCCUAACGAGUGGAGGAAGCCUCUCGGCACCGGUGAGGAUGUUUGGCCCACCGGUACCAAGUACGAGACAUUUUCUUGGUCGUUGGCAUGCGCCAAGAUCGACCAGUUUGCUCUUUGGUUUACGAAAUCGGCCAAUUUGAACCACUUUGCCCACCUUUCGCACACGUUUAGUCACAUGAGCCUGAAUAACGCCACAUAUCACGAUGCGAAGCGGGAGAUUCAGUUCAACCAGGCCUGGAUGAAGCUAAUGGGAAUCGAUUCGGCCACUAGAUUCACUGCCAAUGGAAUUAUCCCCCCGGCCAUCACUGGGCUAAACAACGGAGACUCCAUCCAGGCUUUGAUGGAUAACGGUAUCAAGCACGUCGUCGGUGACAAUACUCGGCCCGCAACCCGCAACCCUAACAGCGUCUACUGGCCUCUCAUCAGUACCUACGCUACUAAUGGUUAUGACGGGCUUACUAUCAUCCCCCGGUUUUCCUCUCGAAUUUACUUCAAUUGCCAUACACCUGAAUGCACGACUCGGGAGUGGAUCCAGACGUCUGCCGGAAGUGGCGACUUCAACACCCUACUGGCCCUCGAAAAGUCUUCUUCUACCCGCAACUUGCUAGCGCUUCAAUCUGAUCCUUAUAUGUUCCAUCAGGCUAAUAUGUAUACGACUGGCAAUGACAUCAGGACUAUUGGAGACCAGACUCGUCGUAUGUCUCUCGUUAUGGCCUGGACUGAGACCGUCGUUCAGGAGAUGAUUCGCCUUACCAACUGGCCGAUUACCAGUCAAACUCAGGACCAAAUGGCUACGUACUUCCUCAACCGUAUGGCCCUUGAUGCUUGCAGCCCGAAGAUGAGCUACGUUUGGAGCAAUGACGGAAAGACCCUCCAGAAGGUGGUUGUUACCGCCAACGGAAACACCUGCUCCACUCCUAUCCCGGUUACUAUUCCCAAGGGUAGUGUCACGGCAUCCGGAGGAAGUGUUACGUCUGACAUUGUUGGUGCCGAGCCUCCUAUCCAGUGGGUUACGCUCAACGGCUCUCCAGUCACCCUGACUCUGAGCAAUGCUGUCACCACGACUACCACCACAAGCUCAUAA